UGCAAGUCUAAGUAAUUAACUAUCAGUGUUUGUUCUUGGUUGUUUUUUCUUAGAUUCAAUUGAAAUGACUAAGAAAGCUUCUACUCCGAUGAGAAAUACAGGUAUAGAACCCGAAUGUGCGAUUCCUAAUUUUUCUUUGGGAAUUUCUCAACAUGAAACUGCCAUUGCAGGCUCUUAUGCUGAGAAUCGUUCAAAAAGAAUUAACGAUCCUAGGCGUUCUAAGGAAUAUGUUGAUUCGAAGAGUAAACAACAAGAAAAAGUGAAAAAGGUUUCUCAAAUGGAGAAACAAAAGAAGAGAAAGGCUGGUGACAAUGUUGUUAAUGUUAAGGGCAAAAAAAUUGCUAAAGCCAAACAUAAUGUGGAUGAGGAUGAUGAUGAUGAGGUAUCUAAAUUUUUGGUUACCAAGCACCCUGCUGUGGCACCAUCUAUGUGUAGAUACACGAAUGUUAAUGUAAUGCAAGAUAUUAGAGGCAAACUAACAUAUCCAUAGAUGGAUAUGUUUAAG